CCUAUAUCAGCAGGGAUCCAAGGGCAGCACUGGCAGAGUGUGACCGUGAAGUCCCCGGGCCCCUCACCCACCCUCUCCAGCCAUGGAUGACGUUUACAAGGCAGCAGUUGAGCAGCUGACAGAAGAGCAAAAAAAUGAGUUCAGGGCUGCCUUCGACAUCUUCGUGCUGGGGGCAGAGGAUGGCUGCAUCAGCACCAAGGAGCUGGGGAAGGUGAUGCGAAUGCUGGGGCAGAACCCAACCCCCGAGGAGCUGCAGGAGAUGAUAGACGAGGUGGAUGAGGAUGGCAGUGGCACUGUAGACUUUGAUGAGUUCCUCGUUAUGAUGGUCCGGUGUAUGAAAGAUGACAGCAAAGGAAAAACUGAAGAGGAGCUCUCAGAUCUCUUCAGGAUGUUUGAUAAAAAUGCUGAUGGCUACAUCGACCUGGAGGAGCUAAAGAUCAUGCUGCAGGCAACAGGAGAGACCAUCACUGAGGAUGACAUUGAAGAACUGAUGAAAGAUGGAGAUAAAAACAACGAUGGGAGGAUUGACUAUGAUGAGUUCCUGGAGUUUAUGAAGGGAGUUGAAUAAACCUGAGGACAGAUCAACAACUCGAAUUUCCUAAACCCCUCCAGCUCUGCUUCUCAUCUCCUU